GAUAAAACUUGCAAGUCAAGCACAUUUUCAUGUUUCGUGGAUAAAAUAAAUAAAAUUAAGUAAACAAAUCUUCUUAAGUACAAAUAAAUUCAUGUAAAAUGACUUCUCCUGCUAUCGGAAUCGACCUGGGUACAACAUAUUCCGCUGUUGCAGUUUUUCGCAAUGGAAAUGCCGAAAUAAUCGCAAAUGACCAAGGAAAUCGCGUGACUCCGUCCUGCGUUGCUUUUGAAUCGCACCAGAAAAUUGUCGGCGAAGCUGCUUUAUAUCAAGCUGCUCAAAAUCUCACAGAUACAAUUUAUGGUGUCAAACGUUUGAUGGGUCGCAAAUUCACCGAUUCGGCAAUUCAAUCGGAUAUUCGUACCUGGCCCUUCAAAGUUGUGAACGAAAAUGACAAAAUCAAAAUAGAAACUUCGAAUGCGACACGAUACUCGCCUGAGCAAGUCUCGGCAGAAAUUUUGGGUAAAAUGAAGAAAAUCGCAGAAACUUUUUUGGGUGUUAAAAUUAAAGAUGUCGUCAUUACUUGUCCGGCUUACUUCAACAAUGCACAACGUGAGGCAACGAAAGAUGCUGCGGAAAUUGCCGGAUUGAACGUUUUGCGGAUGAUCAAUGAACCAACAGCUGCUGCAAUUGCUUAUGGAUUGAACGUCAAUCAUACUGAGCGGAAGAAUAUCCUCAUUUUUGACUUUGGCGGCGGAACUUUUGAUGUUACAAUUUUGACGAUCAAGGGAAAAGACUACAAAGUUCUUGCUACAAACGGUGACACGCAUCUCGGGGGCGAGGAUUUCGAUCAACGCAUGGUUGAACAUUUUGUGUCGGAGUUCAAAAGGAAGAAUAAUCGAGAUAUCAGAGACGAUAAAAGCUUGAUGCGGAAUUUAAAAACUCACUGUGAGCGCAUUAAACGAAUUUUAUCGAUGGUAUCACAAGCUGAAUUCGCAUUGGAAGGAACAAACUUGUCUUCAACCAUCACACGGGCCCGUUUCGAAGACUUGAACUACGAUUUGUUCGAAAAAUCCAUCACUUUGGUUGCCGAUGCCUUGCGAGAUGCGGACAUGAGCAAGAACGAAAUUGAUGAAGUCGUUUUGGCUGGCGGCAGUUCUCGAAUCCCGAAAGUUCAAGAGAUGCUUAGUGAUUUUUUCAACGGAAAAACUCUAAAUAAGCAAGUGAAUCCCGAUGAAGCUGUGGCAAUGGGUGCUGCUGUUCAAGCGGCAUUGCUGCAAGAAAAUGUUGAAAAGCAAUUAAAAGGAUUGAAAUUGUGCGAUGUUUGUCCGUUGUCCUUAGGUUCCUCAAUUAUUGAUGGAAGUGUUAAAGUUGUCAUUAAACGAAAUACCCCAAUUCCAGUCAAAGCAUUUGAUCUUUUUACCACAAUUUUCGACAAUCAAACAACAAUAGAUGUUGCAAUUUACGAAGGCGAACGCGUCAUGGCGCAAGACAAUCACUUUUUAGGAAGAUUUACAUUAUCGGGAAUCCCUCCAAUGCCCCAUGGUGAGCCUGAUAUUAAACACAUUUAUGAAAUUGAUGAGAACGGCAUCCUAAAAGUUAAAAGCAUCCAUAGUCAUGGAAAAUGGUAUUUCGAAGACUCUUAUCAUCUCAAAUCAAUCGCGAAUGAGCAAAGUUGAUUCGGAACGCAUGAUAAGUGAAGCCAACAAGCACCAAAAUGAAGAUUUAGCUCACAGAGAACGUUUAGAGGCUUAUAAUGACUUGAACAGAUACAUUGAUAACAUUCAACGUCAAAUUAAUGGAUUUGAACAUCCGCAUAUUAGACAAAAAGCAAAGAGUCAAGUUGGUGAAAUCGCAAACUUUUUGCUGAAAAAUCCCUCAGCUUCGAAAGAGGUCCUUGAACGAAAGAAUGGCGAGUUACGAGAUAUCUGGCGUCGCUGUUUAGAUGAGCACAACGAGUAUUUGAAACAAGGUAUCCUACGUUAUUUUAUUGGGCUCGCUCGUGGUUUUUUCUGAACAAUUUAUUAUUAGCAAAUUAAUGAUCAACAACCGAUAAAUUUGAAUAAAAUAAAACAGUUCAAAAAAACAGCAACUCGAACGCAAUUAUUUAGCCGAAGGUAAUCUCCAGGCACUUUGCGAGACUGGAAUUCGUACUCGUUGGCCCGAUUCACGUUGUAACACCUCCAUUACGCUCAUCGUUGGACAA